ACACACAUUAUGCGUCGUGGACCCACUUGCGGUCUAACGUCUAGAACGUAAAAGUUAACUCAAGCCAAGAAACGCAUGGCUGAUAUCAACCCAUCACCCACUCCGGAGCGAGCAAUCUACGGAUUCGUUCUUUAUCUUAGCUCCAUCUUCGGUUUUACACUGUAUGUUGUAUGGGCAUUUGUACCUGAGAAAUGGCUUCACAGCAUUGGACUGACGUAUUGGCCUCAGAAAUACUGGGCUCUUGCCAUUCCUACCUACAUCAGUGUGUGCUUCGUGUUUGUUCUGGUCUUUUUUGUGGCAUUCAAUCUCAUCACUGCGCCUUCACUUGAUUCAGUCAAAACUGUCACAGGUGACCUGACAAGACCAGUUGGUCCCGAUAAUGCUCUUCAGCCCAAGGCAGUUCCUGCACUGAGUGACAUACCAAUCAGUGAAGUCAACCGCCGUCUGUACCUGAAAAGAUGACCGUGGUCACACCUGGGGAGAAUCUCAUGUCUGAUGUGAUGGCAUGCUCGAGCAAAGAGGAUCAAGUUCAAGACAGUUCCUCAAUGUUGCUUGGUGUGAGAGGUGUGGGCUUCAAGACACUGCAGAUGACUGCUUGGAAUGGCAUGGUAAAACUAACCUCUUGAGGUGAUUCACUGAGGGUUAUAUUUUCACUGAAUAUUUAUAACACCUCUCCCAUAGAGUUUGUGUAAUGUAACAGAGAUGUUACUCACUCAAACAAAAGCCAAUACAAAUGUAUCCCAAUUUCCAAUUCAUUGAACAAUCAUGCAAGUAAUUGCUUUAAAUGCUUAUUAAGAAUACAGUGUAUGUGCUUUUCAGAGUGAAGGCACCAUGGGUACAUGCAGCUUUUUGAGUGCACAGUACAAUAGCACAGUUGAUGCCACAAGGUGUACUCGUAGUCAAGUCAGAAACAGUGGAUAGGGUGUUUUAAGAAGCAAUAUUGCACCUGUUGUUAAAAUGGGCAUGUACAUGUAUGUAUGCAGAUGAGUGAUUGUCGGUAGAGAAGAAAAUGUAUGUUACGUGAAAUGUCUGCUGAAGUAUGCAACUGUAUAAAUUAUAUGAGAAUUCUUCCAAAUUCAUGGCUGUCAACGUUCCAGAGCCACCAGUUAUGACUUGUACAAGUGUAUUCAUGUACAUGUAUUACUUGUUUAUGGAUUUAUUUUGAACAUAUUUAAUAACUACAUACAUGCACCUAUGUGGGUUUCUGCACUGACAUGUAUAUGUACAUGUAUCUUGCAUAUCACAUUCAAAGGAGUGAGGGAAUGAACUGUUGAGAGCAUUGGCCCCGACUAAACAACUUAAAGGACCAACUAAUCAUUGAUUUGAGAACAGAAACUAAAACUAAAUCUUAACAAUUCUUCAUUGUCGUUUCAUUGUGAGGGCCCUAAAGGAUCAGCUUUCACUGAACAGGUUACGGUACCAUAAUUAAAGAUCCCUCUAACUCAAUAAACAAAAAAUGAAAUGGUUCAAUGCGAACAAUGUCUGUACCUGGUUGGUGCCAGAGAUUGAAGGGGUGAUGACUUUCAUUUGGAGCUUUGUAUAUGUAUGUGUUUGGUUUGAUUCCCUUCAGGAGACUUAUCCAGUAACCAGAAUGAGAAGCCAGUAUGGCAUUGCUACCAUGUUCACCUGCAGGUAGUACUUGUACAGUAUAUGGUCAGGUUACCUUUCCCUUCAACCAGUGGUUUGUUGUGAAAUACAGACAGGAAUGUGCUCCCACUGCAGUAAUGGUAUCUACUUAGAUUCAACUACAGAUUGACACUGAAGUCUUCAGAGUAUAAAUGAUGAACUUUGACCAUGGGGACUUGCCAAAGUACAUGUACUAGUACUGAGGGGCCAUCUCAAGCCGGCCUUGUCUUUCCUCAGUUGCAUGUUGACACUCUACAAUC